AUGUCCUCAAAGGACCCACCAACACGCGCCUCGACUGACCGGUCUGCUGCCGUCUCCAACAAGAAAGGAAAUAACACACACUACACACACACACACAAAAACGAAGAACUCAAAAAAAGGUUUUGGAGGAAACGAUCGCAAAGGGCUCUCGUGCUAGCCAGCGCCGUUGCUCGCUUGCAAGUGGAUCUGACUCGCUACGGAAUCGACGGAACCUACCAACUGCAAACCACCGACGGCUCACUGUGGCUGCAGUCCGGACCACUUGGCUUGCACACCGACCAGGGCUGGCUCUCAACCGAUGCCGAUAGUAAUAGCGGUGGCGUGCUGACCCUGGCAAACUCACAGAACGUAUCGGGCUGCGACCGCCUCGGCUGCUAUUGGGCGAUCGUCAAUACUUGGCAGCACAACAAUGUCCCCGUGGUGGAAACGGCCAUUGCUGCCUAUCCUCAGCGUGAAGGCCUCUACGGCUUUGAAACCAUAUAUCUGACCCCUGUGACUAAUGCAAGCACGGGAAAUAAUGCCGAUCCAAGCACCUGCUUUCCCAGCUUUCAGCUGCAUUCGGGGCGAGCUCCAGACCUGAACCUGCUCUAUCAGCAUCACAUCUUUGGCAAUGUGGUGCGCCAGCAAGGUCUGGGCAAUCUCAGCAGCGAUGUUGAGGGUGGCGUUCCUUUGGUCCUGUACGAAGACCCCACCACGGCCCAGGCACCAGGGGCCCCAAUUACUGAUGUGGCUGUCCUCUCCCCGUUCAAUCAUUUGAAGGUGGCCAUCCAUUCUACAACGAGCUCACACGCACCAAACACGUUUUGCGGUGGCCUCAACGGCAUGACGCUUGAGAUUCCCAUCAACACCUCAAUCAAAUUCCUUCUUGCCACUCAUACAGAGGGACUUCACGCGGGUCUCCAGACAUGGGGGGACGCCUUACUCCUCCAAGGCAACAAGACCCGCAGCGCGGAUGCCCAGGACGUCACGGCCACAGCACUCUCGGCAUGGACCGACAACGGUGCCUACUACUACUACUGGAUGGAUCAGAGUCAUUCCUAUCAGCAAACGUUGAUCGAUUAUGCCGACUACCAUCGCAAGGUCAACCUUCCUGUCCAAAGCUAUCAACUGGACUCGUGGUGGUAUUACAAGUACCUUGAGUUUGAUGGGGGCUUGGAGCGCUGGGAGCCACGCCCGCAGGUUUUCCCCGGAGGCAUCGAGGCCGUCCAAGUCGGCGUGCGCAAGCCCCUGACCCUUCACAACCGCUGGUGGUCUUCCCACAAUGUUUACCAGGAGAAGUUUCAAUUUGCCACCCAGGGGCUAGGUGCCAUUCCCAUUGGCUCGGUAGAUGAAGUGGCCGCACUCUUUGGCUACAUCAUGCGCAACCACUCUGCUUGGGGAUUGGCUGUCUACGAGCAGGAUUGGCUCACCAAUCAAUUUAAAAUGAUGGAUGUGGCCAAAUCCAACCUCACCGUGGCCUGGAACUGGCUGGCUGGCAUGGCGCAAGCUGCCUCGGCCCGCCACGUCCGCGUCCAGUACUGCAUGCCUUUGCCCUCUGAUUUCCUGGCCAGUACCCAGUUUCCUGCGGUCACACAAAUUCGCGUCUCAAACGACUAUGCCUCGGACCCCUACAAUCAGUGGAAGAUUGGAGCACCCUCGCUCUUUGCCUGGGCUAUGGGGCUUCGGCCGUUCAAGGACGUCUUCCGCACCACGACCUUUGAGCCCCUGAAUUUUGACCUUGCGCCAGAAUACAACCCAGAAAUGCAAGCCGCCGUCGCCACCCUCUCGACAGGACCCGUUGCCAUUGGUGACAUGAUCAAUAUGACCAACAUCACCAUCGUCAACCGCACCAUGAUGGCCAACGGGACCAUCCUCAGCCCGAAUCGGCCCGCAACCAGCCUAGAGGUCAGCUUCACAACCCAUGCCCCGGCCGGUGAGGUGUGGGCGGCGCCGGCUGGGCCCAAUAUCACGGCACCACAGCAACUGGUGGUGUUUGUGGGUGAUCUUUUGACCGCCUUUGAGCUGGAGCUGGGCAUGCUGCGAGAUCUGGAGGCAAGCGGCCAGUUCCUCGUGCAGCAUUGGACUCCAGCUUUGAACGCCGCCCCGCUGCACUUCAACGCCUCCCAAUCCUUGCGACUUCCAGCCAACCACCUGAACUCUACAGACCAUGUGGGAUUUGACCUGUAUGUCAUCACACCCUACCCUGCUGGUGGCAUCGCUGUGUUGGGUGAAGUGGGAAAGUAUGUCCCCCUCAGUGCACGGCGCUUUGUUGAGGUGCAAGCGUACGCCACUGGUGCCACGGCCCACAUGGUUGGGACGGCGGGCGAGAUCUUGCGCGUGGCAGCUUGGAUCCAUGGACGCGUCAUUGUACAAGAGUGCAUCGUGGCACAAGAUGACCAAAUUGUGAGCGUCGUCUUUUCUGCCCAAGGCGGGCAGUGUGACUGA